AUGAGCAUAGGUCACUUUGUGAAACUCGGAGGCGGGAGGCCCGCAGAGCUGAAUGAUAGAAGCGAUCGCAACUACGCAGCACCGGACACUGGCCGAAAACAAGGUUUGAGAUAUGGCCCGCGUCGCGUAAAAGAAGAAAAAAAGAGCAUACCGCCGUUGACAUUAGAAUUGCAUGAAGACGAGUUUCGCGAUGCGAUAAAAUCGGCCACCGAACAAAGGUUGGCCGCUGAAUUUGGUUUAUUCAUGACGCUCGGAAGUGUGUCGCGUACGAAUUAUGCUAAUGCCCACUUG